AUGGCAACCGCUCAGACAACGUCAAGGAAGAAAACUGUUCUGACGAUCAAAGAAAAAUAUCUUGCUUUGAAAGAGCUUGAAAAAGAAGGAACAACUAAAAAGUCUAUUGCUAAAAAGUAUGGUGUCCCACCUAACACACUUUCAUACUGGGUUAAGAAUAAAAGUGACAUUUUUACCAAGUAUGAAUCAGGCCAGUAUGGAGUUAAAAGACAAAAGCUUUCUUCCGAAAAAUACGAUAACAUUGAUAAAGCAGUUUACAAGUGGUUCGUUAACGCUCGUGAAAGAACUGUGCCGAUUAGUGAUCAAAUCAUUCGAGAAAAAGCAUUGGAUUUUGCAAAGCAAUUCAACGAACCUGAUUUUAAAGCUUCAGAAGGCUGGCUAGACAGAUGGAAGUACAGACAAAACAUCAUUUACAGAAUUAUUUCUGGAGAGGAAAAGUCUUGUACACCAGGGAUGACAGCAAGCUGGGAAGAAACACACCUGCCAACCAUUUUGUCACGCUAUGAUUUACCAGACAUUUUCAAUGCUGAUGAAUUCGGCUUGUUCUACCAGAUGCUUCCAACAAAUACCUAUCAUGCCAAAGGUGAAAGAUGUGCUGGUGGAAAAUUCAGCAAAGUUCGUUUAACAGGACUUGCAGCAGGAAAUGCCCUAGGUGAAAAGUUGCCCAUGUUUGUUAUCGGAAAAUCGGUUACACCGCGCUGUUUCAAAGGAGUCAGAAGUCUUCCCUGUCAGUACCAAGCUCAAAAUAAGGCCUGGAUGGAUUCUGAAAUCUUUACCGAUUAUGUGAAAAAACUCGCUGUUAAAUUUGAAACUGCGGGUCGAAAGAUUGUCUUGAUAAUUGACAAUAGCCCAGCUCAUCCAGAAGUCACUGGUCUUAAAGCAGUAGAAUUAGUUUUUCUACCACCAAAUACAACGUAUAAGACCCAGCCCAUGGAUCAAGGUGUAAUCCGAGCAUUGAAGGCAUAUUACCGGUCAAAUCUUGUGAAACGUCAAAUAAAGUUCAUUGACGGCGAUAAAGAGGUCCCUAAAAUUAACAUUCUUGAAGGGAUGCAAAUCUUGGUCAAAUCAUGGGACGCUGUUUCAAAAGACACCGUUAAAAACUGCUUUGAGAAGGCAGGCAUCUCAAAAGAAGCACAGAUCACGAGUCUCAAUGAUGCUGAUGACCCAUUUAAAUCUCUUUCUGACAGCAUAAGCGAGUUGAAAAAAAGAGAAGUUGACGGCGACAUCUUUAACGCAGAUGAUUUUGUGGAUAUUGAUUUUGAGGUAUGCACGAGUAAAUCAAUUGAAUUGACUGAUGAGGAAAUCGUGGAAAUCGUACUUAAUGAGGACAAGGAUCAAAACGCGCCGAAUCUCGAAGAUGACGAUGAUGAUGAAAUUGAGGCACAUGACAUCCCCCCGAAGAAGCGAAAGCAGUCAGAGUUGGAAGAGGCCUUAGAACUGUUGGAAAGAUGGUCUUUGUUUGACGAGAAUGGUCUUGAAAUCAGAAAGCAGUUAAACAUGAUAACACGUACAUGUCAAAAACACUACAUCGAUAGUAAAAAACAAUAUAGUUCGAAGUUGGAAAUUUGGAAACGCAUUGUGAUUCAUUUUUUAAAAAAGUACAGCACUGCACUGACGGUAUGGAUUCAAAUGGCACAAAGGACAUUUAGGCUUGCGGUCAAAUUUCAGAUCGAGAUAUUGUACGAGUUCUUUAAUAAAAUUAACGGGCCAAAAAGAAAAUAUGACAAAUCAAAAGACGUAUUUAAUAAAAAAAAAUUCAACAUAAGAAAAACUUUCCAUGACUGUCACUUUCACGCUUUUAAACAAACUGAAUUGUCUAAACACGUCUGGAAAUUCUGGCAUGGACCCAAUUCAUGGAAAGUAAUUGAUCGUGUUUUUUUUAAACAAUUUUUGAUUUAUAAUGUUUGUAAAGAUAGCCUAGGUACAUCUGAAGAUCGCGUGCUCAUACCAGUCAUGUACAAUUUUCAAAGUUUCAAAUGUUGUUUAUUAUGUAUAUUUAUUUCGCUACUGGCUGGGUAUUGA